CUUGCUCACCUGCAGACUGCGUAGGCCUACACCGACACCAUCUAUCAAACGAUAUCUGAUAAUGACUACUGACAUCGGCACCACCGUGACAAGUCUACCAGAUGAUGGCUCACACCUUGCCUCGCCAAGCUGGCUCAUUCCUGCUUACCUCGUUGUGGCUAUCACUGGAGUCAUUGGUAACAGCUUGGUCAUCAUCAUUCUAGUGUCUGUGAGGGAGAUGCGCUCAACGGCCACCAACUUGCUCAUCCUGCACCAAUCCGUGAUUGAUCUGACCAGCGCAGUGCUCAUGUUGGUUGUGCUUUUCUCCGAGGCCAUCCUGGCUGCUGACUACAUCAUGCCCAUGAGCGCCUGCAGAGUCUGGUUCAGCCGCUACCCUGUGUGGUCAUGUUUCAUGGUCUCUACUAUCAACUUGAUGGCGCUCACGCUGGAGCGUUACCACGCCAUCUUACGGCCAUUGCACCACAGGACUGUAUGCAGUCCAGGAAGGGUGAUCAAGUUCUUCCCCUUUUGCUGGGUGGCCGGCUUUGUUCUCCUCAGCUACCUAAUCGUCAUGUCCGACGUGUACUAUGGCAGGUAUUGUCUUCUGGCACGCUUCGAGGGCCAAGGGGUGCAGCAGGUAAUAGGUGUGCUAACUGUGAUCUUCUUCUACUUAAUCCCCCUCUCGGUGAUGGUGUUCACUUACUCUAGCAUACUCCGGGAGGUCAAGCGUAAAUGGCGGAUGACGUCACCAGAGAACGACAACCAGAACCCAAGAGCGGAGACAGGGACACAGUUACGAUUAGAGAAGAACAUCCUGAAGGUGUUGGCGCUGGUGGUUGUGGUGUAUGCGAUUUGCUGGAGUCCCAAUCAGAUUUUGUACCUGUACUUCAGUCUCGGUGGCCAUUUGGAUUUCGCCGGGCACUUCUACCACUGGACUGUUGUCAUGGUAACCUGCAACAUGAGCAUCAAUCCUAUCGUAUAUGCGCUCAAAUACCAUCAGUUUCGCGACGGGUUUGUGAAGGUGUUCUGUCGGCAAGGCUGCAGAGCCUCGGUAAAUGUCAGUGACGUCUCAGAAUAG